UCCUCCAUCUCGUGCCCUUGGAGCAACUGUUGGAACAAGUUCAGGGAUGCCUCGUGCCAAUAUUGAUAGGCAAUCAGGUGGUGAAGAAGGAAAUGCAACUGGUCUGUCUUCUGCAAAUGCUACUCAUGGUAGAAACAUUUUGAGUUCUGGAAGCUUAUUGAAACAAAAAGGCCCAGUUGCAAAUGACUCAGCCACGGGUAAAGACUUACCGAGUUCUAGUAUUUUCCGUUUAAGUGGAUCUUCAAGGCGACCUGCUGUGUCCAGUAGCCGCGAUCCAGUUAGUGAUUAUGAUCCUUCACGGAGAGAUGCAAGCCCAGGACUCCGCAAAAUAUCCAGUGCUGCUCAAAGAAGUUCACCAGUCGUAUCAUCAGAUCACAAGCGCACUGCCUCUAAUAUAAAGAAUUUUGAUGCUACCCUCAAAGGUGUUGAGAGCUUGAACUUCAACGACGAGAGGGUGCAUUAUUAGGCUCAUUCCCCCCCUACUGUAAAUUUCGGAACGGUAUACAUUCUAUUCCUGGAACACAGAGGAUUGUGCAGUAUGGAAAGCCGCUCGUUGGAAUUUAAAACGAGUACAAGUCGGGAACCCUGCAAAAACCACACACAGAGAGAUCUUACUAUCUAUUAUGUUUAUGUUUUUUUUACUAUAAAUACAGUUUAAUUUCUCAUUGAGGUACCUUAAAUUUUCAUGUAAGUUUGAUUCAUUGUACAAUUUUGUGACGAGUUUGUGGUCUGGUUUAGCUUA